AUGGAUCAAAUUACCAACGCUCUCGAACCAUGUAAACAGUUCGCCAAGGACUCCAUGAGACUUGUGAAAAGAUGCACGAAACCAGACAGAAAAGGUUUUGUUUUUAUUCUUGUUUAUUAUUUUUUGGUAUUACUCUGUUUAUGCUGUUAAAAUUUUGGCCAUUUCAUCACGCGUGUUCGUAACAAGUUUUUUGGUCGCUUCCUUUCUAGAUAUCAAGGAAAAUUUAAAUUUUGUUAACAGCGUGCAUAUAUACUGUUUUAAUUUUUUCUCUCAACUCGUAGGUUUCUUUUUAUCUUUUUGCUUUGAGAAUUCGUUUACUACUUCUUUUGUUGAAGCAAAGUCGUCUCUAUUACAUACCUCCUCUUCUGAGUCCCUGAUGUGAUCAAGUUCGUAGUGCAUCAAACUACUUUCAGUUGGCAUGUAAUCGUCUGACUUGAAAGAUAUUUUUGGACUGGUACAAAAAUCUUCAAUUUGGAAAACACAUUUUGUAUUAUUUGGACAUCUAGCGCCUAGUUCUCGAUUAAACAUCGUUCUUGUUCGAUAUGCUUGCUUUUAAAGUCUUUCUGCUUCAAAACAAUGUGUGUCUUUUGUGGCCUCGUCACUUUUGACUACAAAGAACCUUUCAGUUUGAAAAGAUGUUAAUUGUAAACUCUUCGCCAAAGUCCAAUACAUGAUUUGAAUAACAAGAAAUCUUAACGAAAAGCAGGAAUAUCAAUAUUUAAAUCUAAAUCAGAUUCUUGUAAGCUUAACAGUCAAGAAGAUAUCAUAGCACAAACAAGGAAUGUGCAAAUUUCUAUAUUUCCUGUUUUCUAAAGGGUUAAUAGACAACUUUAAAAACUUAGGACUCCAGGGUUUCUUAUUAAGAAUUGAAUAAUGUUUCUUUUUACAAAAAGGAGACUUAUCUGGGUGAAAUUUAGUGUCAAAUUUUCAUUUGUAUGACCUAAGUGGUUAGGGAGGUCCACAAAGAUGCUGGCAAAGGCAAUGGAUGCCAGUAAUGUAAAAUCUUGACAAAACAGAAACCUUUGUUUUCAACCAUGUUUCUCAUUUUUUAUCUAUUUUAACCUUUGGCUUAGGUACCACCAGUAAAACUAUUGUUUUUUAGUUGUUGUAACCUUGCUCCAGGUAACUGCUGAAAUGAAAUUAUGGAUGCUAGUCUUCAGUCUUAAUUACAAAGUAGAUUUAUACCUUUCGAUGUAACAAGCAAACCUCAGUUACAGAAAUAUGUGGGCAGCAUAUUUUGCAAAAUCACACUGUAAAUCAAAUUUCACAAAUAACUUUUCAAGGAAAGCUCUGCUUCAACGCUGCUUUUGCUCAUGGCAGUUAUCAUUAAUUUAAGAUUUUCAGUGUUAUUACCACAAUGUUUUCCAUAUUCAGGUAAAAUGUACAGUGUGCAUUAACUUUAAAGUGAAAUAUACUUGGCAAAAAUUGUACAAUUUGUUUCACAGUAAACCUGCUUCUGCCACAUACAUUUACUUGAAAUUCCAGAAAUUCACAGUGAAAAAGCCUUUCUUUAUGAAGGGUACUCAUUAUACAAAGUGCAUUUAUUUUUUCAAAAUAUUCACUAGCUAUUUUUUUUUGUUUUUAUUAAUGCUUUUCAAAUUCUGAUAAUUCUGAACAGUUCAUUUCUUCAUCACAUAAUUUAAACAUUUGACCCCUAAGAGUAGCUAGUAUCUAAUGUCUCCUUACAUAUCACCACUGAAUCACACUUUAAGGUCAUGACAAUAAAAGAAAUGAUCACCAACUGAAGAAACUUGCGAUUGUUAAAGAAAUUCUCCUUGUCAACACCUUAGGCAAUGUAUAAAGAACAGCAUGGAGAAUAUGCUCACUUAUGUUAGGAUGUAAAGGGUUUAAUUAAUGUUGUUGUUUGUGGUUAUAUUUUCCAGAAUUCCAAAAAAUUGCGCUGGCAACUGCUAUUGGUUUUGCCAUCAUGGGAUUCAUUGGCUUCUUUGUUAAACUCAUACACAUCCCCAUCAAUAACAUCAUUGUGCAGUAGUGAAAUAAUUAUGGUAAGGAUAAUGAUACGUGCCUGUUUGUUAAGUUUUAAUCUGGGCUUCUUGAGGAAUGCCAAAGGUUAAAGAUGGCUUCAGUUUUUAGCAUGUGCACAGGGUUUAGAUGUAUGCAUCAGUAAUUAGAAUCAAGUGAAAUAUAAAUCUAUAACUAAAACUGCUACAAAUAUC